CAUUUAACAUUAACUCAAAAUUAUAGAGCUGAAAAUGAUAAAUUUUGGUGGACCCACCCAAAAAAACUUGUGGCUCAGAAAAUCAGAUCCCUAAUGACGUGACACUAACACCAUUACCAAAUACCAACAUCCCUCCAAACAUAUCUAAAUCCUUCCAACUAGCUUUGCCAACUAAGCUUUUUUUCAUUUUUCAUAAUCUUUUCCAGAACUACUCUUCAUUUUCAAGAUUUUAGUUUACUUUCUCACCCUGAGAUUAGCAGCGGAGAGAGGUUAAGAUGGUGAAGGAGCCGGAGAUAAAGCUGUUCGGUCGGAAGAUUUGUUUUCCGGAUAACGGCGCCGCCGGAGAACGUUCCAGUGAUUGCGAUCGCUGCUUGGAGAAUAGUAAAGGAGAAGAAAUUGGAAGGCAGGAGCAGAGAGAUGAGGAGGUAGCAAAGAGAGAAACCUGCGAAACUAGUGCAGAAAAUGAGGAAUCACAGAGCAGUGCUCCACCGGAAUCCGACGAAGAGAAGGGCGGAGCAGCCAAUUCGGAGCGAAAAGCCCUAAAGAAGCCGGACAAAAUCAUCCCUUGCCCCCGGUGCAACAGCAUGAACACCAAAUUCUGCUACUACAACAACUACAACGUCAACCAGCCCCGCCACUUCUGCAGGGGCUGCCAGAGGUACUGGACGGCCGGGGGCACAAUGCGCAACGUUCCCGUUGGCGCGGGCCGACGCAAGAACAAGACCUCCCGCCACCUUACCAUCGACGGAUUCCACAGCCCAAACGCCACUGUCCUUUCCUUCUCACACCAAAUGCCCUGUUCUAGCAACAGAGGAGCGCCAAACCAUGGAUUUGCAUGGCCUUUUACCGCGGUUAUCCCUCCAAUGCCGUACUGUUUGUGGAAUGGUUGGAAUCUGGCAGCAGCAGACGCUGAGUCAGCGCUAGGGAAGCGUUCUAGGAGUGGGGAGGUUGUGGUGCCGAAGACGUUGAGGAUGGAUGAUCCGGAAGAAGCUGCGAGAAGCUCUAUAUGGUCGACUCUCCGGAUCAAGUAUGAUUCCCUUAGUCGAGAAGGCCUUUUCAAGGCCUUGCAGCCCAAGGAUUGUGGCAAGAAACCGGCAAUGGCGGCUGCCGGGCCUCUGCUGCAAGCCAAUCCGGCAGCUCUGUCGCGGUCCUUUGCGUUCCAAGAGCGUGCCUGAUUGGGCUUUGGUGUUGUGUUUAGUAGUUUUGCUUAAUGUAGAUAAGUUUUGUACAAGUUGUAUAUACUGAGUUAAAAGUUGUUCCAGAUGUAGAUUAUACUGUCUAUUUUUGCUAA